UAUGGCCGCUGUCGGCUCCCCUCCCCCUCCCUUCCUGCCUCGCUCGGUGCGCUCCGCAGCAGCAGCGGCAGCGGCAGCAGCAGGACAGAGGCAGCUCAGUUUCUGAAGCCGUGGCAUGAAUGAUCUCAUCUGAACCUGAUCUCCGCUUUCCCUGCCUUCGAUCCUAUGACCGACACGGGAAUAAAAUAACACGAACACGAGGAGGACAUUGCCCUCCUUGGGUCGAGCGGGGACCGUUUUGGAGCCUUUUUGGAGAAACGUUUCUCUUCUGAAGCGGUUCGUCCGCGCUAACGCUAGCUAGCAGCAGCCUCGGGGCGCAGCUAGCCGGCUAACUGUUAGCUACUAGCGCAAAAUGGCCUCGUUGUCGCUCGGCGGCUCCGACGCUGAGCAGACAAAGCAUGCGGUAGCCGCGUCCACAAGCUCGCCGCCGCUCGUCACGCCGGCUCCAGCGACCCACAUUUGGCGGACGUCAGUUAUUAAAUCGCCGUUUCGACGAUGAAACGUGUGGAUUAAAGCCGCCGUGUGCUGCGUUUUAUUGUUGAUUUACCACGGCGAGCUGAGGAGGUGGGGGAUGGGUCAUGCUAGGAGCCAUUGACGUAAAGCGAGGCUGCAUUUUGUUUGGCCUCCGGCUCCUAGCAUAGCGCCUGGUCUAGUGUAGUUAUUUACACACAUCCUGACACAUAUAUCUACACCUAUACAUAACUGUAUAAUUCUAAUAUCAGCCUCCAAUGCUGUGCGUAAUAUCAACGUGGUGCAUUUUCACGUGCCACAAGCAGUUUUGAAGACCAUACAUGUCAGCAGUUUCUGGGUAAAUCUUGUCAAAGCAACGAGAAUAAAAACAUUUUUGAGGCUUAUUAGAAUUAAAACAGAAGUGUAGCUUUUAAAUAUGGCGAUUUAGGUUAUUAUUUAGCAUCUAUGGCACACAAGGCAUCUUGAAAUCAUUGUAGUCUGGAAAAAAAACACCCACAACCCAAAGAGCCUUCAGAUCAAAAGCUCCUGUUAGCAAAACAGUGACAUGUUAAAUCAUAUAAAAGAAAUUCAAUAGAAAAAAGCUUAUUUUGUCUGCUCUAUUAGUUUCUCAUAUAUCGUUUUAUGGAGCUUUUCAGAAACAAGUGAUUUCCUUAAAAGGUGUCUAGCCUGAUCUGCAAUCCACAGCCUCAAGAGCCCCCAAACUAGCGGUUACAUCUGUUAUAGGUGCCUUAUUAGAGUCAUUACAUUUAAGCAUUUUUCAUGAAUGAUUUUUUUUUUUAAAUUCUAAUGAUCAAAGGUUUACCUUUACUCUGUAGAUUUAUGUGCAAUUAUAUUAGAUUGAACCCCAAAUUGCUGAACUGUAGGGUGUUCAAAAAGCAAAUUAUCAGUUUACCUGUAAAAAAAACCCAAAAACUGUCAUGUCCAAACUGUUUUUCUUGUGCAGUGUGAUUUUCUGAGUUUGUAGGUUUUCCUUUUUAAAUUCUUGCAUAGUGCUCUCUAGUGUUUCUCAUUUAACAGGGGCCAGCACAAAUGCACUGCACAAGAAGACAACAUAUGUCCAUAAUUGUUUUCUCACCCUUUGUAUUUUAGAUCUCCUGGCAACUUCAUAAAUGACUUUUUUCCUACUCUAUCCACUGUCAGGAAAUGUUGUUCUAUGCAAGCGAGGAUUCAAAGCCUUUCAGUAUUUGUUAGACCCACUUCUUUUGUCGGUACCUCCUUAAUAUUUGGUCCAGGUUUAGUUCACUCAUCUCAUCAAUCAGGUGAGGACUGUAGCUGUAAUUCAAACCCUCCUGUCUGACUUGAUACUGGGUUUUAUGUUUGAGAAGAAGCAGGGAUUGCAAUCACUUCCUAAUGAAGUAGAAAUCAAUCAUUUGUUUGAUUUCAUAACUGUAUGUUGAUUAAAUGUGAAAUUGUGUGGUGUUCCAUAUCAGUUUUGGGCUGCAAGAUGCACAUUUACAUCCCUGUGUGCACUAAGUGUUCAUUUAAAAGUCGAUCACUUGCACAGAUUGUAGCGUCCAUGUUUUGUCUGGCACCAGACGAUGAAAUCUUAAGCAAAAAAAACUAAAUUUGCUUGGUUGGUGUGCAGAUAAAUGUUGAUAAUAACAGCAGUGUCUAGCGCUUUUAGCUUCUUUUUGUUUUUUGUUUUCCACAGAAAAGUGGGCAGUGCUUGUAACACUUAACAAGUCUUUGCCUUUUGGUUUCUGUUUUGUAAGCCCUCAUGUUUUGUUACCAGUCCUACUGUGUACAUGUAUUUUCCAUGCACUAUUGGUUUAAAUAUUUUGUGAUUAUGUUUUUAAAAAUGUAACACAAAUUUCCAGCCAGUAGGAUCAUUCACCCAACAUGCCCUGCCCACAGGUUUUACACAGCGAAGACACAGCCGGACACUGCACGCUAUAUUCCUGUCUGAUGGAAAAUUAAAUGCCACAGGCUGCUGUUCAGAGCUCAGUCUCCAGCUUACUUGCAUCCCCUUUAUUUUGGGAGUCAGGGGGCCUUUAAUGUUGGCAUGAGCGUUGUUUUGUUCCUGUAAGACAUGUGUUCAGACGGGUGUUCAAUAAGGAAGUUGACUCUACUUUUCUUCCCCUCCUCAGAGAAGAGAGUGUGAAAAUCUUGUUCUACUAGUUUUUGAACUGUUGCGUGCGUAGACCUGGAAACCUGAUACUGUAAAUAUUAGUGGUUCAUGGUGGUUUACUGCAUUGUGAAUAUUGUACAUGCUGUUGUUUUGAUCAUCACUUUUACUCUUAUUGAUUAGGACAUAUUUUUGAUUUUCUUGAUCACAGGUGCCUGUGGGAAAAAGUUUAAGUGCACGGACCAUUUAACUUGAGUGCUGUUUUUGUUUUCUGACAAAGGUCUCUAGUCUGUGCUUACUUUGAUGCAGCGUUCGUAUUUAGUUGGUAACAUGCUAUUUUCGGUGGCUCAGUGGUCUGUUAAAAGUGUGGUUGUUCCGCCCAGCAGGAGUCUUGCCUCAGACUGGCCUAAAAUGGGCAGAAAUGGUGCUGAACAAAAGCUGCUUGUCGCUCGUACAAACGUACUUGAAGCGUUGCAGCCGGGACCAAGCUGCAUUGCUAUUGCCUGUGCCUCUCAACAGGAAAGGUAUAGCAAACUUUAAGAAAAACAACUACAACAGACAAUUUACUGUUUACUGUAGUUCACAAAGAGUCAAACCUGUAGUUUACCUAUAAAGCCACAGCUGCUGCUCAGCAGAUUGUAGCCAUAGCUCCCUUAUGUCUACACACAUACUACACCACAUAGCCUCAUUACAUCACACAUUUACAUAAUUAAUUACAUGACACUUACCUUUAUACUGUAGAAGCUAGUACAAUAGCCAUGUGUGUGUUUGUCAGUGUGAUCAAUUUGUUUUCGGGUUUGCAAUGGGAGUCUGACUGUUCUGUCUCUUCAUCACCACCACAGAGAGACAACAUGUUCCCGAAGGGCACCAAGCGCAAGUUCUCAGACUCUGGGGAGGAGCCAGUCUCCAGUGGUGAGCAGAGCCAGGCAGCUACUUCCGCAGCAGCUCGGACGCUCUCCUCCUCAUACAGCCUGCAGCGGCAGUCACUGCUUGACAUGUCGCUGAUCAAGCUGCAGCUCUGCCACAUGCUAGUGGAGCCCAACCUGUGCCGCUCGGUACUCAUCACUAACACAGUGCGACAGAUCCAGGAGGAGAUGACCCAGGACGGUACCUGGCAGAUAAUGACUCAGGCCCUGGCAGCCGCCCAGUGUCCUGGAGAUCGCCUGGUGGCCACUGAGGUACUGUGUCGGCAGUCAGACGCAGCAGGUCAGGCCGGUCAGAACCCAAAGCCCUUCUCAGUGGUUGGUCUGGAGGAAGGCUACCACUCUGAGGAGGUGGUGAUGGAGGGAGACGUAGAGACAGAGGUCACCAUGUCUACUCUGUCGCCUGUCUCCCCUCAGCUGUCCUCUGCUUCUUACCUGGCGGGUCCCUUCGGCAUGGGGCCCUGCUGGGAGGAGGAGGAGGAGGAAGACGGUGAGUGUGAAGAGGAUGAAGAGGACAGUGAAGAGUGUGUGUCCGAAGGGGAGGAGGGAGACAGGGACCACCUCAGUGCAGACUCCAGAAUAAGGGAGCAGGUUUUUGGAACAUUUGAAAUCAAGCACCCGGCGCCACCCCCUGACCCAGCGCUCGAGGAACUGUUUUCAGAUGUAGACCCGUCCUACUAUGACCUUGACACGGUGCUGACAGGCAUGCAGAGUGCCCCGAAGAUGGGGCCUUACGAUCUGCUGGAGAGCCUUUCCUCUCACGGGCCGACGGCCUUGAGCUCCAGCUCCAGUUGCAGGUCAGACCUGAACGAACUGGACCACAUCAUGGAGAUUAUAGUGGGAUCCUGAAACAUAGGACAUUCCUCUAUCCUGUACCGAUCCCACAGACUCUGUCCAACUACGCACAGUACACGUGGGUGUUCUGUAUGUGGUAUUGUUACCCAUUGAUUGUUGGAAGUUUUGGGAUAAAGUGGGAAAUUAACAGCAAGCUCAGUAGAAUAGAUAAUUUGGCAGCUGCUUUCAAAACCUUUGUCUUUUUAUUCCUUAAAUAUAAUUAGCAACUAAAAAUAGUAAAGUAAAUUCAAUUCAUUCGUUGGUUUCCUACUUUGUCCAUAAAAUCCAACUUUCGUGAGAAGGCAAAGAUAAUUACUCGCACCACGACUCAUUCUUAUUUACGUACUUUCCAUGUUUACGUCUGUCAUACAUUCUGUCAUACUAGCCCACCCUGAUCGUACUCUGCUAUUGUGUCCAUUUCUAUUUAUUCUUACAUGGACUGCGGAACAGUUUGUCACACUACAUGCAUCAAAAACCAGAACAAAUUGUAAAUCCAAAUCUAUGAAUCAGUGCAUAUUUUCCUAAAGAUUUAAGCAAAUAUGAAUGGAAUAUAUGUAUAUGUACGUAUGUGUAUAUAGAAAUAUAUUUUUUGCAUUAUACAGCUAGGGGAUUUUGCAAGUAUCAUUUGAUAUUAUUUUUUUCCCUCCCAAGCGUUUUUUAAGAUUAUAAUGUAGCCAGACUUGAGACAGUGUUUUCCCAUGGUUUGGUAUAGGUCGACUGUAACCGGUGUCAUGACUGGCAUCGUCACACUUUUCUAGGCGCUGUUCUUUUAUUCUCUGUAAAGCUUUACAGGGGCAGGGAUUUACUGACACUCUCCAGCCACAGGUGGUCAACCUUUGUCCAUUUCUGAUAAGUUUACAGUAGAUAGUGAUCAAUUUUAAUACAUUUUCUGCCCUCCUUUAGCAAUUCAGCAACAACAGCAUCGAUUUUUCCUAAAAACAUUUGGAGAAACCCCGGGGAUAUACUGCAUCAAGAAGCCAUAUUUCUUUCUCAUUUGUUAGAAUUACAGAUGAAGAAUUCUGUGUGUCAACCCAUCUAAUUUAUUGUUAUUUAUUGUAUUUAUUAUAUCUAGGUACAAACAUGCCAUACUCACUUAUAAAAUCAACCACAAGGCCCAAUGAAAUUGUAUUUGUCCAAAUUUUGCAGUCUGUUUUGAAUGCAGUAUCGAUUUAUUCCUCGCUUUUUAUUAUCGUUAGUGAUAACCGGAUUACUAUUCAAAUCACUAUGCAGCUCUGUCAAAUGUUUUUGAGAUGAUUGUAUACGACUCAAAUGUCCUUUAAUUCCUAUAUGCAAACAGUUGCCUUUCUCCUAAAGAUGUGGAAAAUCAAAUGCAUUUUUUUCUAAAUUGUUCCAUGUUUCACGGUGAUGAAGAGAUUAACUCAGGCAAACAAUGUAUUGACUACGAAUACAGUAUUACGACACGCUUAAUACCUUACCACAACACUCCUGAAGGAUGUCACUCUGGUCUGAAUGGGAGCUAGAACUUCAAAGACUAAUUACCGUUGUAAAAUGUAUGCAUUUUUUAUAUUAUGAAAAAACAUUGUAGCAUCUUUGUAAAUAUUUUUAUAAUAAAAGGUGCAACUAUUGAA